AUGUCUCCUCGAGGAAAAGAGGCUGCUGAAUCAUCAAGAAAAGGAAAGGAACCGGCUCUCCCAGUUGAUAGUGAAGAGGAGUUUGAUAGUGAAGCAACCGAAACUUCAGAAGGGGAAGACGAGAAUGAAUCAAGUUCUGAGGAAGUAUCUGGCCUUCCCGAUUCAUUCUUUGAUAGAGGACUUGUAAGGCCUUCUGUCGCUCCGACCCAACCACAAGCUGCUCCAAAGAAACGUAAGGAAAGAGUCGUCAUGGAACAUCCUAACCGGAUGACGGUAGAAGUUCUUAGUUGCGACGAAGAGGAUGAAGAGGAUAUGGUGCCUCUCAUUCGUCGGCAAAUAUCUCGAACUUCUACUCAAGCUCAAACUCAAGUUUCUCCCCGAGCUGAGUUACGCACCAAACAUCGUCAUGAAGGUUCUGGUGCACGCCCUCUGAAGAAACAGAAGAAAGCUGUUUCUAAACCGCGCGUUCAUCUUCCUGCUGUAGAAGAGACAUCCGGUCGUAGUGCUUCUUCUGAUGAGCAAGGGAGUCGAGAGGAAGGAGAAUUGUCAGCUGAUGCUGCUUCUCCCGGAGGUAUGGAAAUUGAGGAAACAAGCUUCGUCCAACAAAUGCAUGAUGCUCUGAAGGAAGGAUCGGCUGAUGUUCCACCCACUCCUGACGUUGAUCCAUCAGCUGCGGACACAGGUACUGAUCUUUCUCCUCUCGGAAGAGAAAUCCGAGAAAUGAAUGAGUCGGACCGUGUGCCUCCUCUAAUGACCUGUGCGCUUUCUCUCCUUUUAGUCAAAUUAAAAGAAGCAGGUACCAGUAGUGGAGCUCUCGAAUCAGCCCCGACCAAUGAAGACAUCCCGAUGCACGAGCCUAUUGAAGGAGAAGCUACCCAUGCCACCAAAGUCGAUGAUUUUAAUAAUUUCGACUUUAAUAUCUCAGAGGACGACCAUCAACAAAUCCUUGAUUCUCUGUUAGAGAAAGCCUCUGAUGCAACUAUCGGCUCAGAUGUUGGAAUUGGUUCAACGGAAGCCGGUCCUUCUGAGAGUAAGACUUUGGUUCUGUGAACUCCACAUAUAUAUAUACGUAUAUAUUUUGACUUGAUUAAUCAUAUAAGUGUCUGAAUUAU